AUAUUGCAGGUUCCCUCACCAGAAAAGCCUGAUACUGAGGAUGAAGCAUUGCUUAAGAAAUGGAAGUGGAAAGUCAAAUCUGUGAAAAAGGAAAACAGAGAGAGGCAUUCACAGCGUUGUGAUAUAGAGCUUAAACUUGCUGUAUCUCGGAAACUGAAAGAUGAAGAAGGUUUCUACUACCCACACAAUCUAGAUUUCCGAGGACGUGCAUAUCCCAUGCACCCCUAUUUGAAUCAUCUUGGUUCAGAUCUUUGUCGGGGUGUUUUGGAGUUUGCAGAGGGUCGCCCUCUUGGAAGAUCUGGCUUACGCUGGCUGAAAAUACAUCUCGCGAAUCUAUAUGCUGGUGGGGUGGACAAACUGUCUCUUGAUGGUCGACUGGCUUUCACUGAGAAUCAUCUAGAUGAUAUAUUCGACUCUGCAGACAGACCACUUGAAGGAAGGCGCUGGUGGUUAAAAGCAGAAGAUCCAUUUCAGUGCUUAGCUGUGUGCAUUGAUCUCGCAGAAGCUUUAAGAAGCUCCUCUCCAGAGACAUUUGUUUCCCAUAUACCUGUGCAUCAGGAUGGUUCCUGCAAUGGUUUACAACACUAUGCUGCACUUGGCAGAGACAAGUUGGGAGCAGCUGCAGUCAAUCUAGUUGCAGGUGAAAAACCAGCAGAUGUUUACUCAGGAAUAGCUGCUAGAGUGCUUGGUAUCAUGCGGAUUGAUGCGCAAAAGGAUCCUGCAGUUUUUCCAGACGCAUCUCUUGCAAAAAUAUUGGUUAACCAGGUGGAUAGGAAACUGGUGAAGCAAACAGUGAUGACCUCAGUCUAUGGUGUAACUUAUAUCGGGGCACGAGAUCAAAUCAAGAGGAGGUUGAAGGAACGUGGUGUAAUUACAGACGACAGAGAGCUCUUUGUUGCUUCUUGUUAUGCUGCUAAGACAACGUUAACUGCCUUAGGUGAGAUGUUUCAAGCUGCACGUGAUAUCAUGAGAUGGCUUGGUGAAUGUGCAAAGAUCAUUGCAUCUGAAAAUCAGCCAGUGAGCUGGACAACUCCACUUGGACUUCCUGUUGUACAACCAUAUCGAGUGUUAGGAAGGCAUCUUAUAAAGACUUCCCUUCAGGUUUUAACUCUGCAACGUGAAACUGAAAAGAUAAUGGUCAAACGACAGAGGACGGCUUUCCCACCAAAUUUUGUUCACUCCCUGGAUGGCUCUCAUAUGAUGAUGACUGCGGUUGCCUGUAAAAAGGCAGGCUUAACCUUUGCAGGAGUUCAUGAUUCAUACUGGACACAUGCAAGUGAUGUAGAUACAAUGAACAGGAUACUAAGAGAAAAAUUUAUUGAGCUCUAUGAAAUACCAAUAUUAGAGAAUUUGUUGGAAAGCUUUCAGCAGUCUUUCCCUACGUUGUGUUUUCCUCCCAUACCUGAAAGGGGAGAUUUUGAUCUAAGAGACGUGUUAGACUCACCCUAUUUUUUCAACUAAUCUCAUAUGUUUGGUGCAUUCAUCCGAGCCUAGACCUUAGAGCGACCCCAUGGUUUGUGCUACCUCCGGUUGUCCUCUCCUCUUCCGAAUAUGUACGACGGACGAAAGAGCUAACUCCUAUCACGAAGAAAAAGAAAAUCCCAGUAAGGAGUUUGCUGCUUUGCACUUUGUAUAAUAUUUUGUGGAAGAUGCUGAUGGCGUGUAAAGCUUCAAUAGUGCUGCAAAUUUCUCUGUAACUUUGGAGGUUUGGUUUAGUUUAGUUUCCUGCCUCCACUCAAACCCUGUUAUUUCAUUAGGUAAUAUCAUGUAAGUAUUACAAGUUCAAGAUGAUGUAUAUGAGACUAAGUAAAGCUUUGAAGAAUAAAUACUUUUAAGCAAAGCCUUUUUAGAAGCAC